CAUAUGACAAAAAAAAUAAAAAUAACUUGUAAAUACGUGCACUUCGGUAGAAUAGAAGAGUAAUGCGUAAAUCGAAAUAUAAUAUUGUGGGAAGUUUUAAAAUUUUUGCUUUAAUUUGUUUAGUUUUGCCAUAAAAUGUUACGUAUUUUUUUUUGCAAAUAAUGGCUAGUAAUCGUGUAAGAAGAUUAAAGAACCUUAAUCCAGUUUUCCACAAACGAGAUAAAUCAGAAGAUAACUCUGAGUUAACUUAUGAACUAAUGAAGCAGGCCUUAAAAUCCGGCUUUUUAAAUUUAUCUGGCAGGGGGCUGGCCACAGUUCCAGAUAAAUUGUGGAAUAUUGCCGAAGAAGUUAAUCCAAAAGAACUUGAAUUCAAUUUAGACAAUAUGGAAAAAAAAGAGGAAGAAUGUUGGUGGAAUCAAAAAGCUUUAACAAAUUUAGACUUAAGCUCAAAUGUUUUAACAAGUAUUUCAAAAAGGGUUUCUAAUUUAUAUGAUUUGACCAUUCUUGAUCUUCAUGAUAAUGCAAUAAUCAAAUUGCCGCCAGAAAUUGGGACAUUGGAAAAACUAACAAAAAUUAAUUUAAGUCGAAACAAAUUAACCACUUUGCCUUCAGAGUUCUUUAGAUUAAAAGAGUUAAAAAUUUUGAAUUUAGCAAACAAUUUACUGAACGAUAUCAAUCCGGACGUUAGUGAUUUGUAUUUGCUUGAAGUUUUGGAUUUAUCAUAUAAUAAAUUAACAACUCUUCCUGGUGGUAUUGGUUUCCUUGUUAGAUUAACUGAAUUGAACUGCUCUUUUAAUAAUAUUAAAGAACUACCUGAUGAUUUCUGUAAUAUGAGAUCUUUGUAUAAACUGGAUUUUAUGAACAAUAAUCUUGAAUAUUUACCUGAAGACAUUGGUUUAAUGAGGAAAUUAAAAUUUCUAUAUGCUCAACAUAAUGAUAUAAAAGAACUGCCAAAUUUCCAAGGUUGUGACGCCUUAGAAGAACUUCAUAUUUCCAACAAUUUUAUAAAGGAAAUACCCUCUGAAUUCUGCGAAAAUUUACCACAUCUGAAAAUUCUCGAUUUACGUGACAAUAAAAUUAGUGAGUUACCAGAAGAUAUUUCAAUUUUACAGAAUUUAAUUAGAUUAGAUGUAUCAAACAAUACACUUACUACAAUACCUAAUUCUCUGUCAACGUUAGCACAUUUAAUAAGUUUGCAAUUGAACGGUAAUCCAAUUAGAACGAUACGUCGAGAUAUAAUCAACUCCGGAACUCAAAGAAUAUUAAAGUUUUUACGUGAAAGGGCUAUACAAGAAGAUACAGCAAAAAUGGAUAUUAAAUCAAAUUUUCCAAUAUUUGGAAAUAUCGACGUUUUUCCAGAUAAAUUUAAAAUAAGAAAAAACCAUUGCCUCACGGUAACUAUGAAAAAUUUAACAGAAGUUCCGGAAGAAGUUUUCAUUGAUGGCAAGGAUGAAGCAGUUAAUAUGGUUGAUUUUUCAAAAAAUAAAUUCAUCAAUAUUCCGCAAGGCUUAAUUCACUUAUCCAACUGCGCUACAGAAAUUAUAUUUUCCAAUAAUCAACUUCAAACUAUUCCCGAAUUUUGGCCAUCUUUUACACGUCUGAGCCGUAUAGACUUUUCAAGUAAUUACUUGUGUGAUUUACCUAAAGAAUUUGGAAGCUUAAAAUUACUACGAGAAUUGAAUAUUUCAAACAAUCUGUUUAAAUUUAUUCCAUCACCAAUUUAUGAACUUACUGGACUGGAAAUUCUUAUUGCUCGUGGUAACAAAAUAGAAAAAAUUGAUGCAACUUCUGUUGGAUUAGGUGCCCUAAAACGCUUAGCUAUACUUGAUUUGGCAAAUAAUAAUAUUGAGCAAAUACCACCAAUAUUGGGAAAUUUGAAAAAUAUUACAUCUUUGGAUUUAAAUGGGAAUCCAUUUAGACAACCAAGGCAACAAAUUUUGGAAAAAGGUACUUUAACUAUUAUGGCUUAUCUAAGAGAUCGCAUUCCCUCAACAAAAUAGCCAAGUAAAGUCAGACGAGCACAAGGAUGUAACCUACAUAUAUUUUAUUUAAAUUGUUUUAAAUUGUUUAAGUUAAUGUUUGUUUAAAGUUUUGCGUACUGUAUAAAAUCAGUUGCUUUAAAUAUUUUUGUUACAAAUUUACACAAACGAUUCUAGUCAACAUUCCUUUAUCUGUCGACUAAAGUAAGUUUUAAAACAAACUCACUAGUAUCUAUUUUAAAAGUUUUAUUCAAAUUAAUAAAAAAUCUCGCACAGUUUAUGCAAUCUUA